CAAAACUGCGUGUUGGGAAACGAACGUCAUCUGCUUCAUACAUUUAGCUAGCUGUAGCCAAAAUUAGCUAACGCUAGUUGUUAAAAUCAUAGGUACAGCUUAUGGAAACGAGUGUUUUUAUUUUCAACCGACAGCCUACGCGUCGCUUAUUAAUUUGGUGCCUCUGCGUUACAGUCCCAAACAUGUAUAUAAAAGCCUUGUUCCGAUGCAGAGACAUGCUGAAAGCAGAACUGGUCGUGUAAAAUGCUGGCUAGCCUAAUCAAAGCUUGCUAGCUGACAAACAGGAGCCGAGAAACGAAAGUAACGUUAGCCAACACUAACUAGAGAUAAGCCUAUCACAAGAAGCCCGGACACAGCUAAACAUACUUGCAACUGAAGCCACAAGAAGAAGGACUUAGAGGUAACGUUGGUGCCUUUCCUACAAAGUAGCAGUGGGUCUCUCUCUAGGGCAGAGCCAUGGGUGCAUUCCUGGACAAGCCCAGGACAGAGAAGCACAACUUGCAUGCUGAGGGCAAUGGCCUGCGCUAUGGGCUGAGCUCCAUGCAGGGCUGGCGGGUGGAGAUGGAGGAUGCUCACACAGCUGUGUUGGGACUUCCCGCACCUGGUAUGGCUGACUGGUCCUUUUUUGCCGUGUACGAUGGUCACGCUGGCUCAAGGGUUGCCAACUACUGCUCUAAGCAUCUUCUGGAACACAUAAUCAGUGCUAGCUUAGGGGGCGGAGGGACCCAAUGUCCACAGGCUGGUUCAGACAGCUCCGCCAGUGACCCUCCAGCACUGGUUCCUCCAACAGUUGAGACUGUGAAAUCCAGGAUUCGGACAGGCUUCCUGAGAAUUGAUGAGCACAUGCGCAGCUUCUCUGACCUUCGAAAUGGCAUGGACCGUAGUGGCUCUACAGCAGUGGGAAUCCUCUUAUCACCUGAUCAUUUCUUCUUCAUCAACUGUGGCGAUUCUCGAGCUGUUCUCUACCGCAAUUCACAAGUGUGCUUCUCCACACUUGAUCACAAGCCUUGCAACCCACGUGAGAGAGAGCGCAUUCAGAAGGCUGGCGGCUCAGUAAUGAUUCAGAGGGUUAAUGGGUCACUGGCUGUAUCAAGGGCCUUGGGGGACUUUGAUUACAAGUGUGUAGAGGGGAAGGGCCCCACAGAGCAGCUGGUUAGCCCUGAACCAGAAGUAUUUGAGAUGGUGCGGGCCCCGGAACAGGAUCAGUUUGUGAUCCUGGCGUGUGAUGGUAUCUGGGAUGUUAUGUCCAAUGAGGAGCUGUGUGAGUUUGUGAAAUCUAGGCUUGAGGUGUCUGAUGAUCUGGAGAGAGUCUGCAAUGAAGUGGUGGACACCUGCCUGCACAAGGGGAGUCGGGAUAACAUGAGUGUUGUGUUAGUGUGUUUUCCCAACGCUCCCAAAGUGUCGGAGGAAGCUGUGAGGAAAGACGCUGAGCUCAACAAAUAUCUGGAGUCUCGAGUAGAAGAGAUGCUGUCUGGGCCAGGGGAGGACGGGUUUCCCGACCUGGUAGCAGUGAUGAGGAACUUGUCCACCGACAUUGGCAUGCCCUUGCUGCCACCAGGAGGAGGCCUUGCCAGCAAACGCAGUGUUAUUGAAGCAGUAUACAACCGUCUAAAUCCAUACAGGGAGGAAGAUGGGCCCUCCUGUUUCAUUUGAGCGGAGCUGAGUUGGAGUACAACUGGUAGCUGUCCUGCACAACUGCCUGAUCCAAGAACAGGAAGACUUUUCCACACCAGAUCACAUCCAUAGUCACCUUUUAAUUUCCUCUGGGAUUUUAUUUUUUAUUAAUUCCCCACACUGAGAGACUAAUCAAAGCAAAAAUCCUGUUUUUUAAAACCCUAUGUGGAGGACUGCAAAACUGAUUUAGUUGGUUCUUUUUGUAGAACAAAACAGGGGAAAAAUACAAACGACUACAUUGAUAUCUGAAAGCAGAACUACAAAUACAGUAUAUACUUCAGAGAAGCAAACAAGCACAGUUUCUCUUGCCCCUUGUUUUCUUGUGGUGGUUGUUUUGGUUGAGGAUUGACACAAGAGCAGCCCUGCUCUGAAUGCUUUGGGGCUUUAUGGUGCCUUUCUCAGAACUGAAAGAGAAGAGAGGCCCUCACAACUCAAAAGUCAGCCAGCCCGGCAGUACCAAACCAGCCACUCCUGGAUGUUUGUAAGAUACUAAAAAAGACUAAAGUGUUUUUUGGGCUGCAUUUUUUUUUAUGGCAUUACUUGUUUUGAAGUGACAACUUUACCUGCACCUGACUGGCAGCCAAUUGACCACACAAGCCUGCGACUCCCACACACCUCAAGCUAUGCUGUCCAGUUCAGGCAAGCUCUGUGUUCUGGGCAUACUGGUACUUCAACUGGGGCCCAACACUUCACCUUCACUUCACUUCACAGGCAGCCUCACAGAACUCCAAGCUAUCCAAAGACUACUGGGUUAAUGCCUCAAAUUCAUCAUCUGAGGCUACACACCUGAACACUAGGGGAGCCAACCAAGUGUGUCUGGCACCCAAUUUCAGUUUGGCUCCUCCAUACACAUCUAAACUAAAAUAGGACAUGGGCUGGUGUGCCUGGCUGCAGAUAGGAAUUACAUGGAGAUGGUUUGAACUCAAGUGUGAUGACUCUUCUUGCACGUCCCUGCUCACUUUCUCUCCUCCUGUCCCUUAAAGGAUGUUAUCAAACAGUUUAUUUCUCACUCUUACCCUCUGUCUCUCUGUCUUUUCGCUUUCUCUGUAUCUUUAUAUGAC